AUGAACGCCCUUGAUGGUGUCCCCUUCAAGGUGCCCAAGGGCUUUGCGAUGGACACAGAGCCCCACCCUGCUCCAGAGCUCAGUGUCCCCGACUGUAGAGAGCUUCUGCUGGGCUCCAUGUAUGAUUUCAGCCUGGAAAGGAAGGCUCUCUUCUGGGUGGAAGCAGCCAGCCGAGGACCUGGUCCCCAACAAUGUAACGACCCGGGGAUUGCAUCAGCCCCUCCAGCCUGGUUCUUACUGGUCAGUCCAAAUGACAGUCUGGUGCCUGCACCUGCUGAAGUCAGAGGCCCAGAGGCUGGACCACAAGAACCUCCGGAGGAGGAAGAAGAGGAGGAAGAAGAGGAAAUAGGGGAGAAGAGGGAUGAGGAAGAUGCCUCCUCUGCCAGCGAGGAGGAGAUGGACUCCAGCAGCCCUCAGCCCGUCUCCCCGACAGGCCAUCGCCGCUACUCCCUGGAUGUGCUGCGAAACAUGAGGUCUGGGCUGGCUGGUGCCGGGCGCCGGCUCUCGGAGAGCAGACUAGCCACGUGUCCUCGAGCCCUUCUGCACCGCUUCCGAGGCCACCGCACUCUGAGCCCGAGUGCCAGCCUGGCGCCAGCCCCUGGCCUAGCGCCGCAGCCCCCCAGCAUCCCCGAGCUGCCCCCACGACCCUCCACCGCCGACGCCAUGCCUCCGCUGCGGAGCCACAAGCCCACUGUCGCUUCCCUCAGCCCAUACACCUGCUUGCCACCUCUUAGUGGGACACCCCAGCCCCUCGGCUCCUAUAGAUUGCACUCUGAUUCAGCAACUGACCUGCUGUCUGCUCUGACCAAAGAAGAGCAAGACCUCAUCGGGCCAGUGGUUGCUUUGGGCUAUCCCCUGGGAAGGGCCAUUGUGGCUCUGCAGAAGACAGGAAGGCAGAGCCUGAGCCAGUUCCUCGGCUACCUCAGUGCCUGUGAGAGGCUGCUGCGGCAGGGUUAUGACGAGGCCCUGGUGGAUGAGGCCAUGGAGAUGUUCCAGUUCUCCGAGCACCAGGCGGGGGAGUUCCUGCGCCUCUGGCAGCAGUUCAGUGACAUGGGCUUCCAGCCAGACCGGAUCAAGGAGGUGCUGCUGGUCCACGGCAAUCGGCGGGAACAAGCCCUGGAGGAGCUGGUCACCUGUGCCCAGUGACAGGCCAGGAUACUCUGUGACACGUGGCUGACCAGUGAAGUACCAGACCCACCGCCCAUCCUAACUGCAUUAUUAAAACCUAAUAAGACAA